AUGGGGGAAGUACGUAAUAUGUCACAUAAAGACAUAAUAAAGGCCAUUGAAGCAAUUCAGCAGGAACACUCCACACGACGCGAGUGGAAACGUAACUUUAGUUGGCUUCCAGCAGCACAACGAGAAGCAUAUGCUGGUGGACUUUUGACAGAAAUGUAUGCUAGGUUGCGUAAAAAAUAUGGUGAUGAGCUAUUCGAGGAUGUGUGCCGUGAGAGACGACUUAACGAGAUUGCUUUUUCUGCUUCACUAGCUGAAAUAAAGGAUGAAAUGGAAGUUAAACAAAGUACUUCACAAUCUAGUGCAAUUAAUAGAAAGAAGGAUGUAUGUACACCGCAUAUACCCGAAUGCCUUUUGCAUGGUAAGAGUAUGGAUCAGUCUAAGGCAGGAGUGUCGGCUCCCAAGCAUAGCUCGAAUAGAAAGGACGUUGCUGAUUUAGGUUCGAGUUGGGCUCAGUGUAAUCCAUAUUGCAGUAAGGGAUGUCAAGGUCGUAUCUUAGCUUUUCGCAGUAUCGACGACGAUGGCAGCAAGACCUUAAAUCAGGAAGAAUUUACAAUCGGAAUACGUGAAUUUGGUUUGGAUGCCAGUGGUGAAGAAAUAAAAGACAUGUUCAAAAGUUUUGAUGAAGAUGGCAGCGGUUCAAUUAGCAUGACUGAGUUUUUACUUAAAUUGAGACCACCAAUGCCACAAUGUCGCUUGGAUGUCAUAGAUGAAGCAUUUGGCAAAAUGGACAGAAACGGCGAUGGUGUCAUAACGUUGGUUGAUUUAAAAAAUGUUUACUCAGUGAAAGAGCAUCCGAAAUACCAAAGUGGCGAGAUGACCGAAGAUGAAAUUUUAACAAACUUUUUGCACAAUUUUGAGGGCGGACGCGGUAACCUCGAUGGCAAGAUUACCAGAGAGGAAUUCAUAAAUUACUAUGCAGCUCUCAGCGCAUCCAUUGACAAUGAUGAAUACUUCGAUUUGAUGAUGCGACGUGCUUACAGGCUUUAACUAUCUAGUGAACUAUCUAUUCACCUGUCAUGAUGACAUAUCCAAAUAGUAUCUUUUAGUUUGUUCCUAUUAAUAUUUGUUACACUCUACUCACUUGUAUUUAAAACAUAAAUGCAUUUUUAUAUAAUUUUUUUAAAUAAUUUUAAUAUAAAUCAUAUUGUCACUUUUUUGAGUUCAAUUUCUACUGACCUUAAUUAUUGAAAAAAGCGAACUUUGUUGUUUGUUAUCGAUUUUUCUGCGCUAUAAA